CCGGCCAGGGACAAGCCCCAGGGCACUUGGGUCAGCAGGGGUCAGGAGGUUGGGCGCUGGUUCCUGGCCAAGUCCAGUCACCACUGUUGCACCACUAUUGCGUCAGGUCGGCUCCCACCAGUGGGGCUGAUGGCCUCCCCUCCCCCUGCACACAGCCCCGAGCUGAGGAAGUCAUCCAAGCCCCACCCCAGCUCUGCACAGGGAGCGGAAAUAUUUGUCCUUGUUGAGGCUGAUGGGGAGACGAAAGAGCCAUGACGUUCUCCUUCCUGUGGGCCCAGAUCCUGAUUCCUCAGCAGCCACCUGUGCAGGCUCAAGAUCUCCCCACAUCCCAGGCUUCUGCAACUUGCUCACAACUGAAGAGCCAGCCUUCACGAGGGGAGAACUGGACCGCGGCUCAAGAGCCCUGGAGCUCGUCUCUACAUCUGUCCCCUCAGUCGUCCUUGUGGUAGUAGUAUGCCCUGGGGUCUAGACCCCCAUUAUCCCCUCUCCCCUGAUGACUCAGGGACCCCACACUCAGCACCUGCUCACAGUAGUAACACUUCCAGGUUAAGCCAGAGCCAGGACUGGUAGGUGGAAACCAGACAGGAGUGCCUGUAACCCAGGGCAACUCCACAACACAAGGGGCCAUUACCUUCCUGCUUGCCAGUCAGGCCAGCGGGGAGGGCAAGCCUGUGGAGCUGGGAGAGAGUUUGGAAGCCAAAAACUGCAGGUGACUCAGGUGCCUGCGGGAGUUUCGGGAGAAGGAGGCAUUCAUCCCAGAACUGAAUCUAGAGCCCUUAACUCUCUAAGAACCUAGGAAUCCACACAGCCCAGACUAUUUCAUUCAACUGUCCCCGGAACACAGGUAAGAAGGGGUUAGGGAGUAAAAACCCUUAUCAGAGAGUGAAAGACUGGAUGGGGUACAAAGAUGGCCAGUUUCUGGCAUCCUGUCCCAGUGCGGGUCUUCCAGUUGGCAGGUCCAUGGCUGGCAGGCCUGUGCCCCCCGGACGCCAGGAGGAGGAAACUACCAAAGACCCUGGGCUGAAACUAUCACCGGUGAGGCCUCCAGGCCACCUGCCCAGUAUUGAUGAGGCCCGACUAGCAGGUCUGGGCCCGUCCUCCCGCCGUGGCUCUGUGCUGGGCCCAGCCUCCUCCUUCUCACGUCGCAACUCGCUGGCGGGACCCGGGGCAGGUCCUGGGGGUCGGCGACCAUCUCUGGGCCCAGUGCCUCCUCUGAGUUCAAGGGUUAGCUUCUCGGGGUUGCCCCUGGCCCCCCUCCGUCGGCUGGCGCCCUCCUACCGCAUGGAGCCCGCGCCCGGGGAGCGCUGGGAGGCCAGCCGCAUGCAGCACUCGAUGGAAGCGACGCUGGCCGCCCGGCUGGGCAACGCGCACUACGCGGGUGCCGAGGUGGGGCCUCUGGCUCGCGAGCUGUGCGAGCUGGUGCGUGUGCGCCUGCGUGAACUCUGUCCCCCGCGCUACAAGCUCGUGUGCAACGUGGUGCUAGGGCCCCGCGCCGGCCAGGGUGUGCACGUCGUCAGCCGUGCGCUCUGGGACACCGAGCACGACGGGCUGGCCUCCGCCGCCUUCACCAAUGCCUCCCUCUUCGCCGUGGCUGUAGUGCACGGGCUCUACUGUGAGUGAGGA